CUCUUUUCGUCUCUCGCAAACCCAUUUUAAGCUUACAAAGCUUCUUCAUUUCUCACCCUUUCUGCCUUUCAAAAUAGCGUAAAAAGAAGCAAAGUCUGAUUCACAAAACAAACAAUGGAUCACGAGAAAAACCAACAAGUGUACCCCUUAGCUCCACCGAGUGUCCACCCACGAAGCGACGCAGAAUCCGCCUGGUCAGAAUCCGAACAAGAGCUUCGUAGAAAGAAGAGGAUGAAGCUUUUCAUGUACAUCGCGGCCUUCGUCGUGUUUCAGACUAUUGUAAUCUUGAUUUUUGCAUUAACCGUAAUGCGUGUUAAAACUCCUAAUGUGAAAAUCCAGACGGUCACUGUUCAAAAUCUCAACCGGGACUCUUCGGCCUAUAACAUGACUCUCAUAGCCGAAGUGAGGAUCAAAAACAAGAAUUUCGGAGAUUACAAGUAUGACAGUGCCCCCAUGAAUGUAACUUAUGGUGGUGCUAUUGUUGGUACGGGCUCGAUACCCAAGGGUAAAGCGAAGGCGAAGAAGACGAGAAGGGUAAAUGUGACAAUGGAAGUUAGCUCUAAUGGAGUUUCCGAUGCUUCAAGUGGUAUCAGUUCGGGGAUCUUGUGGUUUAACAGUCAAGCUACGUUGACCGGUAAGGUGCAUUUGAUGAAGGUGAUGAAGAAACGCAAAACAGUAAGAAUGAACUGCACUAUGGCAGUUAAUUUGACGAGUGGGGCAAUUCAGGAAUUGAGCUGCUAGCGAUAUAUUCUUUAUUUGAGAUUUUAUUUUAUUUUUUUAAAAGCUGAAAUAAAGAAAGAUAUACAUGUACAUGUAGAUUGAGUUUGUUGUAUUUGAAUAAAAUUAUUUUAUUCAUUUUCUA